UGUCCUCAGAGCAGCUCAGGAGGACACGGCGUGGACGAGACGGCCAGUCAGAGCUUUAACAGGUGCUCACUGAGGGACAGGGGACAGCGGGACACUGCAGGAGGAAGAGGGACUUUUAUUAAACUUCGGAGAAAUUUCUUCUUCUGUGGCCAUGCUCACCAGGCGAGGCUGGUUCCUGCUGGGGUUGGUAUGUGGAGUCUUCCAGGUCACGCUGACGGAAAACUCGGAGAAAGGAGUCACGUUUAGCCACGUGUACAAAAUCGACUCGGACUGUAAGCAGAGUUCUCAGGCUGUAUUGCUGUCGCAGGACCAGGCCUCGGGGGGUCAGGUGGUGACGGUGGACGGGGAGAAUGACAUCGUGUUUAAGCACAACAUCAGGCUGAUGUCGGGCGGCUGCGGCUGCGCAGACUCUGAGGAGUUUAAGUCUCUGAUGUACCGCCUCAACGGUCUGGAGGAGGAGGUGACCUACCUGAAGACCCAGUGUGCUCAGGGCUGCUGUAAAGGAGGCUCAGGUGUGGACACCAGCUGCAGUGGACACGGGACGUACCAGCAGGAUUCCUGCAGCUGUAAGUGUGACCCGGGCUGGGAGGGUCCGGACUGCUCCGUGUCCUCGUGUCCGGACGAGUGUAAUGAUAACGGAUACUGCGUGGACGGACGCUGCGUUUGCCACGCCGGCUACACCGGACACGACUGCAGCCUGCUGCUGUGUCCCAACGACUGCAAAGACAAGGGACAGUGCGUGGACGGGAAGUGCGUGUGCUUCGAGGGAUUCUCCGGGGAGGACUGCAGCAUCAGGACCUGUCCCGGGGACUGUAAGGACAACGGACGCUGUGUGGACGGACAGUGCGUCUGUGAUGAGGGAUUCUUCGGGGACGACUGCUCUAUGGUGUUGGGUCCGCAGGGCCUGCGGUUGGUGACGGUGACGGACGUGUCUCUGCUGGUGGAGUGGGAGCGCGUGCAGGGAGCCGAGUACUACGUACUGUCCUACCAUCCCGAGGGAGAUAAGAGGUCUGUGCAGGAGGUUCAGGUGCCGAACACAGAGAACACUUACCUGAUCACCGGCCUGAAGCCCGGCGUCACCUACCUCGUACAGGUGUACGCCGUCAUCAAGGGCGUCAGCAGCGACUCCGACCGCAUUACCGCCACUACAGAUUUGUCGGGUGUGGGAGGACUCCGCGUGCUGGGUCAGACUGAGGACUCUAUACAGGUGGACUGGCAGAACCCUGAGGCUGAGGUGGACUUCUUUAAACUGCGCCACGCUGACCCCGCUGGCCUGGAGGAGCAGGAGAACGUGGCCAGGACUCAGGAGGCCAGAACCAUGCACACCAUCGUAGGUCUAAACCCGGGAACAGAGUACCAGAUAUCUGUGCAGGCCAUCAAAGGAAGUUCAGAGGGCAAGCCUUCCCACGCCACUGGAGUCACUGAUAUCGAUGCUCCACCCAAGCUGGUGACCAGAGAGGUCACGGAGACCUCGGCGACCGUGGCGUGGGACCGGGUUCGAGCCGAGAUUGACGGCUACAUUCUGAGCUACAGCUCCGCUGAGGGGAGGAGCCAGGAGAUCCAGGUCGGAGCAGAUGCUACGUCCUAUAAGCUAACCUCUCUGAAGCCUGGCGUCCUCUACACCAUCUUCAUCUCCGCCUACAAGGGCUCUCGCUCCAGCAGGAAGAGCUCCACCGAGGCUGAGACCGAACUAGACGCUCCUACUAACCUCUUGGUGCGGGAGGUGACGGAGGACUCGGCGCUGGUGGCGUGGGACAGGGUUCGAGCGGAGGUUGAUGGAUACAUGCUGAGCUACAGUUCUGCUGACGGCUCGGGUCAGGAGGUCCGGGUCGGAGCAGACGACGCCACCUACAGGUUCAGUGGUCUGAGGCCUGGAGUCGUCUAUACGUUCUACGUCUGGGCCGUCAAGGGCUCUCGAUCCAGCAGAAAAGAUUCAACACAGGCUGAGACAGAACUAGACGCUCCUACUAACCUCUUGGUGCGGGAGGUGACGGAGGACUCGGCGCUGGUGGCGUGGGACAGGGUUCGGGCGGAGGUUGAUGGAUACAUGCUGAGCUACAGUUCUGCUGACGGCUCGGGUCAGGAGGUCCGGGUCGGAGCAGACGACGCCACCUACAGGUUCAGUGGUCUGAGGCCUGGAGUCGUCUAUACGUUCUACGUCUGGGCCGUCAAGGGCUCUCGAUCCAGCAGAAAAGAUUCAACACAGGCUGAGACAGAAAUUGAUGCUCCCAAGAAUCUGAAGGCUGCUGAUGUGAAAACGGACUCUGCAGCUCUGAGCUGGAAGCCUCCGCAGGCUCGCAUCGACGGAUACGUCCUCACCUACAGACCUGAAGACGGCAGCACACAGGCUGUGGAGAAGAAGCUCGCUGCAGGAGAGAGCAGGAUGGCGCUCUCUGGUCUGGCGAUGGGAAAGAAGUACAUCGUUACUCUGAUAGCGUACAGAGGAUCCAAGAGGAGUAAAGUGGUGGAGAUCACUUUCAGUACCGUGGGAAUAGCGUACCCCUUCCCGAUGGACUGCACUCAGAUCAUGAAGAACGGAAACACGGAGAGCGGAGUUUAUACCAUCUACGUGGCGAAUAAUCGCAGCAGAGCCAUGCAGGUUUACUGCGACAUGACCACAGACGGAGGCGGCUGGAUCGUUGUUCAGAAACGCGACACUGGAAAGAUGGACUUCAUGAAGCGCUGGAGGCAGUACACUCAAGGCUUCGGGGAACUGACUGAGGAGUUCUGGCUCGGCUUGGAGAAAAUAUAUGAGCUGACCAACACGCCGACUCAGUACGAAAUACGUUUUGAUCUGGGGCUCGGAAACGAAAGAGUCUACGCUGUUUACGACAACUUUAAACUCGGAACAUCCAAACAGAAAUAUAAGCUGACUAUCGGAAACUACAAAGGAAAUGCAGGUGAUGCCAUGACCUACCACCAGGGUCGCCCCUUCUCCACAAUGGACAACGACAACGACAUCGCUCUAGGAAACUGUGCCCUCACUCACCGCGGUGCCUGGUGGUACAAAAACUGCCAUCUGGCAAACCUUAACGGCAAAUUCGGAGACAACAGACACAGUAUGGGGGUGAACUGGGAGCCGUGGAAAGGACACCUCAUGUCUCUGGAUUACACCGAGAUGAAGAUCCGCCCCGUCACCACGGCCAGCCGGAAAAAGAGAUCACUCAAGAGAAGAUCCGCCUAAAAAACGCCAGGGAGCCAAUCAGAGUCAGCGCCACGACCACGAAGCUCGGGAGUUUAACCUGUAACAUAACUGGUUCUUAUUUCUUAUCAGGAAAUUAAAUAUAUGCUGCAAUUUUUUAUACCGUGUACCUAAAUAAACAUGACUAUAAAUCACAUCCAGAAGCCUUAUAGAAAAAUAAUAAAUGUAAUUGUGAUUAAACUGAUUUUUUUAAACUAUCCACAGUCUGUCCACAGUCUCAUCCAUCAGCCAAUCAGAGCCUGUAUUUACGCUUAGUGUUAUUUUCAGUGAUUCCGACUCCGAUAGUGGUUCAGUUCUACUUUAUGCCACUGAACUACUUCAGCACAGUGUCCGGAUCUGUAAUCUGAUUUUAGAUUUAGGGCAGCAGUAGAUGGAGAUGUUUAGAAAGCAGCAGAAUGUUGUGUGAUCUCUUUUUUAGUACGCCUGUAAUGUUUGUGUCGUUUUUAAAUGUGUCCCAUAGUUGAACUGUAAUUGUGGCACCCAUUAAUGUCACAUAUUCUCACAAAAAAAUAAAAAUCUGUGAAUUUAAAA